AUGCAUGGCAAUUCCUUAAACCUCUUCAGGAAGUCAUCCAAAGAAGAGAUUGUUGUGGGGAAAAAAGGAAGCCGCAGGAGCGAUGCAAGCAUGAAUACAGAGGUAUUGAAACGCAAACUGGGGACUGGUAUUGCAGCCAUUAAUGAACUCAGUGGCGCUACACACAAGCUGAAUUUACAUGGGAAGCAGGAUAGUGAAUUAUUUUUCUUCAGCUUUUCUCCGCUAGAAAGUGCAACACGCCACUUCUCUGAUGAAAAUAAGCUAGGCCAGGGUGGUUUUGGGCCAGUCUAUAAGGGUACAUUGACUGAUGGACAAGAGAUUGCAGUCAAAAGACUCUCUAGAAGAUCUAGACAAGGAGUAAAGGAAUUCAAAAAUGAAGUUAUGUUAAUUUCAAACCUACAACAUAGGAAUCUUGUUAGAGUAUUGGGUUGUUGCAUUAAAGGAGAGGAGAAGAUAUUAGUCUAUGAGUAUUUGCCUAACAAAAGUUUGGAUUCGUUUCUUUUCGAUUCGUUACACCGAGUUUUGCUUGACUGGAAGAAACGCAUGAACAUCAUUGAAGGGAUCGUGCAAGGACUUCUAUAUCUCCACAAAUACUCUAGACUAAGAAUUAUCCAUAGAGAUUUGAAAACGACCAACAUCUUAUUAGACAACAACAUGAAUCCAAAAAUCUCCGAUUUUGGGACAGCAAAAAUCUUUGAAGAGAAUGAAUCGCGAGCGAACACAAAUCGCAUUGUUGGGACAUAUGGUUAUAUGUCUUCUGAGUAUGCCAUGAAUGGUCUAUUCUCUGAAAAAUCUGAUGUCUUCAGUUUUGGAGUCAUGAUGCUAGAAAUCCUAAGUGGCUGGAAGAACAAUGGUUUCCCUCAGUCAAAUGAAUUUUCUAACCUACUAGAAUAUGCAUGGCAUCUGUGGACAGAAGGAAGAUGCUUGGAGCUAAUGGAUCCAGAGGUGGCAAAAACAUGUAUAGACACAAGGAAAUUUAGAUGGUAUGUCGAAGUUGGUUUGUAUUGUGUGCAAGACGGUGCAGAAGAUAGACCAACCAUGUCAGAUGUUGUGUCAAUGCUUGGAAGCGAUACAUAAACUCCUUCAGGUCCCAAACCACGAGCU